UCCAUCCGUGUCCACCUGUAGUUCAUGGGUUUGAUUUCCCCGCUCACUUCUGCGAGUGUCACAGAGGUGUCUGGUGACCAGUGCUCUCUCUCAUCUCAUCUCACACUCACACUCAACUAAUGGACUGCUUUGCCCCUCCCCUCAGUUUCUCCAUCUCGGACUGGGAGGUAGUGAGAGGAGGAGAGGAGGCAACAGCCCACCGUUCCCCUGGGCCCUGCUACACAACUCAAUAGCUCAGCUCCUGGAUGGGAUCAUAGCCCUGAGUGCUGGCCAAGAGAAGAGAAGCUUCUCCUCACGUCCAGAGUUCCUGCUGCAGGGUGGAGUUUCUCCCAGGAUAACAAACUCACUCGAACCCCACCAUGGCUGACCGUAAGGUGGCCCCGGUUGUGGUUAUGCUUCUGGUCCUGGUCGCACCAGCCCUGAGCGGAUGCCCAAGCGCCUGCCGCUGCUCCUUCGCCAUGCUUCAAUGUCUGGAGCCGGAUGGAAUCACCAGCAUCCCUGCGCUGGCGGCGCAGGAGAGCGAAAACGUCACUGAAAUAUACAUAGAGAGUCAAAUCAACCUGGAGAACAUCACAGAUGUAGACCUCGCCAACUACAGAGAACUGAAGAACCUGACGGUCACAUUUUGUGGGUUGCUGUACAUCUCCGAAAAUGCCUUCCAGCAUAAUUUCAAGCUGCAGUAUGUAAAUCUGGCGUCUAAUUUACUGGUGCACAUCAGUUGGAGGGUGUUCCAAUCGGUCCCUCUGUUGAGUCUAAUCUUAAGGGACAAUCCGCUCACCUGCUCGUGUGACAUUUACUGGCUUCAGCAGUGGCACAGAAAAAGACAAAGCGACACUGAUUCUCAACAAACCUGCGUCCACAAUGGCAACAGCUUUCAACUGGAUUCAUUUGAAAUGGAUAACUGCAGUAUUCCCGAAGUCACAAUUCAUCCAUCGACACUGACUACUCAAGAAGGUGGAAAUCUGACAUUUACCUGUCUGGUGACUGGAGUACCAACCCCGAUGAUCCACUGGAGAACAGAGCACCUUCAGUCCAACUGGACCCUGCAGCGAGGGAUCUGGGGAUCAAGCCUGGAGCUGAUUCUGUACAUGAGGAACGUGUCGUCUAGAGACAACCUGCACAACCUCACCUGUGAGGCAGAGAAUCGCGCUGGAAUGGGAGAAGCCGUGGUGCAGCUGGACAUUGAAUUUCCAGUGCUGAUCUUGUUUCUGAAGGACCCAGAGUCACAACAUCACUGGUGUUUCCCAUUCGCUGUGGACAGCAAUCCUCCCGCCACCAUCAGAUGGCUGUACAACAAUCUACCUCUCAUGGAAACACGCUACACCUACACCGAACUGAUCCGAGACAUGGAUGAUGGCUCCAUUCAACACGGCUGUCUGUUCCUCAACAAGCCCACGCACCUCAACAAUGGCAACUACACACUCACCGUGGAGAAUAAACUGGGUAGAGACCAGGCUACAGUCUACGCAAAGUUCAUGGAAAACCCUUUUGACCCCUUUGACCCGGAGGGCAUCAUUCCUGUCCUCCCCGAUGAGCCAACAGCUCCCACUAACCAAUCAACGGAGACGGAGAAACUGGAGAACAGGAUGUUUGGGGUGUCAGUAGCAGUGGGUCUCGCUGUGUUUGCGUGCACAUUUCUACUCAUCAUGGUUGUGGUCAUCAAUAAAUGUGGACAGCACUCCAAGUUUGGCAUCCACCGUUCAUCUGUUCUCGGCACUGAGGAUGAUUUGGCUGUAUCUCUUCGCUUCAUGAACUUCGGUGCAAGUCCUCUGUCUUCAGAUGAUGGCACGCUGGAUUCUGGCUUGUCCAGUUUUGUAGAGAACCCGCAGUACUUCUGUGGCAUCAUCAAAGAUAAAGACAUGUGUGUUCAGCACAUUAAAAGAAAAGACAUUGUUUUGAAGUGGGAACUGGGUGAAGGAGCUUUCGGCAAGGUUUACCUGGCAGAAUGUGCCAACCUCUGUCCUGAUACUGACAAGAUGCUGGUCGCUAUCAAGACCUUGAAAGUGGCCAACGAGUCCACCCGGCAGGACUUCCAGCGCGAGGCUGAGCUGCUCACGGUGCUGCAGCAUGAACACAUAGUGCGCUUCUACGGUGUGUGUACAGACGGAGAACCUCUGGCCAUGGUGUUUGAGUACAUGCGACACGGAGACCUCAACCGCUUUCUAAGGGCUCACGGUCCAGAUGCUCGUAUCCUGGAUGAGAUGAAGGUUCCUCUGAUGGGUCAGUUGACUCUUCCUCAGAUGCUCCACAUCGCAGCACAGAUCGCCUCGGGCAUGGUGUACCUCGCUUCCCUUCAUUUCGUCCACAGAGACCUGGCCACCAGGAACUGUCUGGUCGGAGAGGGGCUGGUGGUGAAGAUCGGGGACUUUGGGAUGUCGAGAGACAUUUACAGCACUGAUUACUACAGGGUCGGUGGGAGGACGAUGCUGCCCAUUCGCUGGAUGCCGCCAGAAAGCAUCAUGUACAGGAAGUUCACCACGGAGAGUGAUAUCUGGAGCUUUGGAGUGGUUCUUUGGGAAAUCUUCACCUACGGCAAACAACCCUGGUAUCAGCUAUCCAACAGUGAGGCCAUUGAGUGCAUCACACAGGGGCGGGAGCUUGAACGUCCACGUACCUGCCCCAAAGAAGUGCAUCUCCUCAUGCAGGGCUGCUGGCAGAGAGAACCGCAGCAGAGGCUCGUCAUUAAAGACAUCUACAACCGGCUCGUGGCCCUCGUCAAGAACCCGCCCGUCUAUCUGGACAUCCUGGAGUAACAGCACCCUGAUCGGACCUGUGGGGGAAAGACAUACUUCUGGAUGCAGGCCGUUUGAGGAGGAAAAUCAGUGGUGGGUUUGAGAAGGACACGAUCCACAAACUGUCUCAGAUGCGCAGUAUGAACGUUUUCGGAGUUUGUUGUGUACGUUUUAAUCCACUGGAGGUACAUUGUGUUUAAAAAAAAAAAAAAAAAAAAAGUAAUUAAAAAGUAAGAGAAACGGACUGAGUAAAUGGACAGUGGAUACUUUGAAUAUGCAUUAGUGGAAAUUGCUCAUGGAUUGUCAUGACUCACCCUGAACAGACAUUUGAUUUUUUCAGACAUUUGAGUAUACUUAUGUCCAGGUCUUGUAAUUAAAGCCCAUUAAAGGUGAAGUGUGUAAUUUUUCUCAAUCCAGUCUAAUAUUCAGACAUUGUAGGAUGAUUUUCUCAAAUAAUGUAAAAACUGUGGCUCUGUUUGUUUGAGCUACCUGCCCAGCCUGACAUAGCAACAGUCUCAACCUAUGGCGUGAGUUUGGGGGCGGGACUAUCUGUUUGUCUGACCAAUGGGGAGAGUGGAAACCUGGGCUCGUAUUACAGAAUGAUCUUGAUUCAUCAUGCUUUUCUAUCUGUUUACAGGGUCUCUGCUGAAAUUAUAGCAUUUAAGGAACUUUUACAGACUACCACUCGAUCACACUGGAAAAAAAAAAAAAUACAAAUAAAAAGUUCCAGGGCAAAUGUCUUAAGAUUCAUAAAUUUACUUGAGGUGCAAAAUGACAAAAUAAAUCUUGUCUUCCGAGAAGUGUAUAAAAAUGAGUUUAUGAUUGAAACAAGAGCAAAUAUCUAUCAGUGGCCUCAGAAAAAUAAGCUUAUCUAACAAUUAUCAGAUAUUGAUAUAGAAUUUUGUUAGACAUUGUUAGAUAAAUAUGCUGGUUUUAAGCAUAAACAUUUGUUCAAUAUCUCACAAAACCAGACUUCAUACCUUCGUUUCGCAUCUCAAGUAAAUGUGUCUUGAUUUAAGGAUUUUUAGAUAUUUUCCUGAAAAAAAAGAAUGAAUGAAUGAAUUUAUGAAUUCAAAACAUUCUUCUUCAGGUAAAGUAACAUGUUAUUACCACUUAGGAAUUCAAAUCUUAAGGCAAGAAUUAUAAUGGGAAGUUUCUGUAAUACAGCUUAUUUUAGCAUUUGGUUCUCAUUUGGUCAUAUUUAUUACAUACUUCACCUUUAACCCUCAUGUGCCCCCCAAACAAAUUAUCUUUAAGUUGCUGUGAUUUACACAUUGUGCCAAUCUGACAGCGUUUCUUUUCUGUGUCUUGUGAUUAUGGAUAUAUUACAUCAAUCUGUUAUGCGUGAUUGACACAUGCAUGUAUUGUACAUCGCUCUAUGUUGAACAACAACGUCCUGUUAUGCCUCUGAGUUCUGCCUUAUUUUCUAUAUAAAAAGCAUCAACAAGGUCAGCAACAACACAGCGGUGGAGACACAUGGGCUGUGUACGGAAUAAAGUACUAACCUACUGUAUUUACUUGAAACCGUCUAAAGUAGGAACGGAAAACUUUUCCAGCAGUUGUUGUGUCACGUAUUUAAGGCAAGACACUACAGGUGAAUAAAAGAGUACAACACUAAAUAAAUCAUCAUACUUAACCUGUUAAUUAAUCAUAUUCACAUUGCAUUAAGACAAAUGCUUUUUAUAAAAAGUUUUAUGAAAUGUUAUGCUUUGCUAAACAUAAAUGUGAACAUUGGAUAAAGCCAAAUUUAAAAUUCCUUUAAACAUAUUUAUCCUAUUUUAUCAUUUAUUAGAAAAUACUGUCAACAGCCAGAAAAAAAAAAUGUAAUAAACGUUUAUCAUAUUUUUAGGAGUAAAAUGUUAUAUACAGUAUGUACUAUGUAACAUCCUGGCAAAUGUUACAUGAACAAACCAUUCUGUAAAAACCUUCACACACCUGGAUGACGCAGGAAAAAAAGUUGGGGAAAAAAGGUGUUGUAAUUAAAAUCAACAAACAUGAAUAAUUAAAUGUAAUAAAAUAAACACCUAAAUGUGCAUUUUGGAUGUUUUUGAAGCAAAAUAGUUCAAAAUCUCAUAAUCGCAUGAAAAUAACUCUUUUACCUGUAGUGUCUUUCCUUAAUUUAAAAAAGUUACUUUUUUAAAUCUAAUUAAAUGCUAAAAUUUCAAUGAAUUCUAUAAUAAUAGCUGCUUUCAUUAGCAUUUUUUCAGUAAUCUCAUUGGCUCAGCAGGCACACACAACAUGCAUGACACCAUCUUUGCUCAUCGGCUCUCAGUUAUGGCCUUAUUUUAUUCCAUAAAUGCCAUGUGUCUCAUCACUAUAGACCCACACGCUGUAGUACGCUAGUAUGCAAUUCCGAACACAGCCAGAAAUCCAGCAUGACUCUGGUGUAAGGGCAGAGAUCAAUCAAUCAAGUAUUCAUUUAUCACUCAGCAUGUUAAGCUGCAUUGGUCACUGUUUACCAUUUGAUUAUUUUAUUAAUGGGCGCACCACUUUUACUUGUUGGUUGCGCCUCUUGUACAUAGUCUAGUUACUGUACCAAACUGCAUUAUUUUCCUUAUUGGUUUUAUAUUUUUAUUUCUAUUUUUUAAACUGUAAUCUUACCUAGUGGUUCAAAGACUAAAUAUUAUUUAGUCUUCUAUGCCUCCUGAUUUUAUUAAACAAACGGUUUACAGCUAGAACAGUAAAGGAUGAAAUUGAAGAUAAUAAUUUCCUUUCACAUUAAUUACACAGUAACUGUCAUGGAGUGUUGGUAUUUGACAGCUAACUUAUCUUUUGUUUCACUGUACAAAUAUAUAUAACAAUUUGGAUAGACUUUGUUUUCUAUUUUGUUGAGGACAAUGUAUAAUAGCUGUAUUAAACUUGAUUUUCUUUUCAUUGGUAA